CGACAACAAAAGCAAAAAACAUUCGCGGAAACAGCAAAAAUUGCGUUAAUUUUUCAGGUUUCUCUGGUUUCUGGCCCCUUGAGUUUCGUGUUUUCUGAUGUGAAUUAAUCGAGGCACAUAAUGGAGUCGUCCUUGGAACUUCCUAACGAUUUCGACCUUUCGCUGGAACAUGAGUAUCUCUGCUCGGGAAUGUACGAAACCGGGAUGGACCUGCCGGCCAACUACGGCAUGUAUGAUUUGCUGUUGCAGCCAGAUCCUCCCUCUUGUAACGUUGUGAAUGAGCAGACCAUGCAGGCUCUCGUAUCCGGCCAGUACGGAGGAGAGUUCAUUAACCCCGACGAUUUCCUGAAUGACAUCCAUCAAUCGCAGACUGAGUCUUCGGACGGCUCAUCACCGUCGAAUCGGGACACACCGUCGCCGGCAGGGAGUCAGCAAAGUCUGGAGUCGGUUCCAUCAUCCGGCGGGUUCGAAUCGUGUCACGUGGUACCGAUGCAUUUCGAAAGUCCUCCCAUUUCCCCGCAAGGCCCCGUGAGUCCAUCGCAAGUGUGCCAGCUGCAAUCAAAACCAGGCGACGCCAAAGCAAGUGACACUGGGACUACGGCGAGCGGACGGCGCAUUAAAAUUCUUCCGAAAACUACAACCAGCUCAAAUAUUAGUAAAACGAUUACCAAGAAAACGAUCGUGCUGUCUGCGAAGGAUUACAAAGCUCUGAUAGCAAACACGCUCAAGCAACCGGCGAAUAACACUAUCAUGUUGAAAGCCACAACUGCCGUUACGAAUGCCCCCAUCGUUCCGGCCAAGAUCGUCAAACCAGCCGUUCCAAGUAAGCCAGCUGAAAUACCAGCAGCGCUGCCACCGUUAACGCUCGUGCAGAAUAAAAGUGCUCCUCUCGUGGCAAGCACGGAAGCUGUCUCUUCGGUUCCAUUGGCGAUACCAAUGAUGCGGGCAUCAGGAACGAGCGCUACCGACCAAACCAUCGACGAGAAAACGCUCAAAAAACACCAGCGAAUGAUAAAAAAUCGUCAGUCGGCUUAUGAGUCGCGUAUGAAGAAGAAGGAGUACGUUUCCUCGCUGGAGGACCGUAUACAGGAGCUUUCUAAUGAGCUGGCAGCGUUGCGUCAGGAAAACGCAUGUUUGCUUCAACGGUUAGCGAGACAAUGCUCUUGUGCCGCUAGCAGUUUACUAAUCAGUCAAGCAUCGGCAAAGAAGAUGUCGCCUACGGCCCGCAAAAAUACAGCACUCGUGUUGGCAAUGGUCUUUAUGGUGUCGCUUAACUUUUAUCCCAUCGGUAACCUUUUGACUAAUACAAAUGAUAGUGUGGAUCUGGAGUCCACACAAACCGGUGGUCCAGUCCCGUAUCACACUCGAGGGCUCUUAUGGUCAAACAGCACUGCGAAAAAGUUGACCAACAGGAAACCAAAUCUUAACUUAACCGCUCUCGAUGAGCUGGUAAAGGCGGAAUCUAUUGAACCGCCUUUUACGUCGGAAUGUCCCUUCUACGUAAAUCAAACGGAGAAUAUACGGCUGGCGAGUGAACUGCGUCGAUGGAUUGGUGAGAAUGGAUACAAAAAUCUCACCGACAGCAAAGGUGGAUCCGGUGGUGAUAUGAGUAUUGAUACGUUUGCGAAAAUGUUCCACCUGAAGGAUACGAUCGAUUCGAUGUACCGACAGAUGAAAGACAUCAGUGCGCAGAUGAAGACUUACGAGAAACGACAGCAGCGGCUUACGCUUCGGGGUGAUAAAAGACAAUCCAAAAGACGCACCACUGAUACUGGCGAAAAUGGAGUGACGACGUACCGUGGAAAACAUUUGCACAAGCCCAACGAUCUCGAUCUAUACUAUCCGCGCAUCAACGUAAAGUAUGCCGAGUUUUUUGAAGAGAUUGGCCGUCGAGAUGACACGUUCUAUCUGGUGUCGUUCAGUGAAGAGCACAUUCUGCUACCUGCGCUAGCGUACAAUAAGACAAACCGACCGCGUAUGUCGCUAAUGUUACCUACCAUCGCUGGCGGGGGACCGUUGGCGAAUGGGACGGACACGAUUACAUUGAUGCAGAUCGAUUGCGAAGUCAUGAAUACGUCAGUCAUACAGAUCCGGGAGAAGGCUAUCCCCGGUGACCUUCGGCCGCAUGCUAAUACUCCUAAAACGCGCCAUGAGCGAUCCACUGGGACAGGUGGAUUUGGUCGUAAUGCCACAAAUACCAGUCAAGCAGGACAGUCAAAUUCUCAUCCGGCAACGAGAGAAAAGCUGCAGACGAACAAUGGCACCGGUAAUGGGAAACCAAAGACCCAACAGCAGCAUGGGCAACCGGUUCGACCGUUCUUUGUCGAACGUAUGAAUGAACAUCUGAACAGUGAACAUCAUGUUAAUUGAAGCAAGUACUUUCUCUUAGUUUCCUUGAUUCCGCUGCCAAUGAUCUCAUUUAAUGGAGCAAAGCCAUCGAUCAUCGGACAUGAAGGUGCCAAUGAAAAUGCAAAACUAGGAAGAGCAUUAAAGCGCAGGAACGUUUUCUGUUGUUCUUAAAAGUAGUUUUUCGUGUCUUUCGCAAUCGAAUAAUUUCCUAUGCAUUCCGUGUACUGUAAAAAUAGUUAAUUGCCGACAAGCAUUUCUUCACUCUUGAAGUAGACGUAUAAGGAAGCUAACCGAGACAUGAUUGUAUUUUGUGCAAUAACAUAUAUUAGUUGUACAAAUAUGCUAGUUGGGUUUAAAUAAUUAAACAUAGACAAGUCAUAGAGGGGAUAAAAUAAUAAAUUACUGUGGAUGUUUAGCAGAAACGAUUCAAGGCAACUAACGAAUGGACUCGUGCGACUCAAAGACUUUCGUGAAAAGUGUCGCGCUGGUUUUGGCCAAACUAAGCUUACUUACUCUUGCAAUAAGCCGUUUGCUAACAGAGGCAUUUAUAAAUAAAAUACGUGAAAUC